AUGCCAUGUGACAAGAAAUGCAGCAAUCCUUCCAUGAUUGAUGCAUUACUUGACCACAUUUCUUCUCAUUUCCCUGGUCACAGUCCAUUUGCAACUGUAUCCAAUGGUGCUGUCAAUGGACCUGGGAGUUUAAGUUCAGCAGGACCUGUACAAGUACCAACUACAAUCUGGUGGGCUCAGACAGAUACUACUAGUUGCGUCAUCCCACUCCUGGCCUGUGACACAGAUGGGUAUCAUUCUAUUGCAGCUCUUUGUCCUGUCAUGACCAUAUUCAAAAUACGAGCUUGUGUAUUGUGCAAUACUGGUGCCACUGAACUGAAGUCAAAGCCUGGUUUCUUUGUGUCCAAUUUAGUAUUUGGAGAUGCCACUGAAAGGAUCAGUGAAGUUGCUUGGACUCCCAAUGCUAUCUGUAAAUGUAACCAGCUAAAAAUUGGAAAGGUAUAUUCUAUCAGUGGUGGACAGAUCAUUGAGCCUCCUGGUCAGUAUUUGGUUGGUUCUCCUUUCCAGAUCAAAUUCAUGAACAGAAUAGAGAUUAGAGAGUUGCCUGAUGAUGGGAAAGUGCCAGCACUCAAAUAUGACUUUGUGAAGCUUAAAGACAUUGGAUCUGUGUGGUCUGGCAGUUUUGAUAUUCUUGUUGUGGUAAACAUGGUCAGAGAAGAGAUUCAUAUGUUCAAUAUGAACAAGGACUGUACCUGUGCACCAGUUGACUUGGCCAAAACUUUUAUACCAGCAUCUCACCUGUUUACUCCUGUUGAUAAAGGAAUAUUACUGCAAGAACUUCAAGUAUUGGACACUUCUGGUUAUGCCAGUUGUGUGGUGCUGUGGGAACAAGAUUCUGAAUCAUUCAAUGCUGUUCCUGGUGAUGUCAUAGUCAUACAGGCUGUCUGA